GUCACGCACUGUGGCGCCCUCCCCCAUAUACCGGUGGAGAAAUUGAUGCUUCUCAGAGCGGGGCUGGACGGUGCAUGUCUGUGCAUGUCAGACUGGAGACGGCAGGCUGUCUGUUUGACGCUGGCAGUUGAGUAUCUCUUCAUUGGCUGCGUUCUCUCAUUUGGGUUCAUAGAAACCGACUGUUUCCAACAUCUCUGUCCUCAUCACCUGGAAUUCACAUCUGUUACUCUGUCAAGUAAAGGGAAUGUUCCUGGUACUCCAGCCGUAGCGUGCACUGAAGUCUGCAGCGAGAUGGGCUCAGAGGAGCACAGUUCAGCCAUGUCGCAGAAGAUGUCACGCAGCAACAGCAGCUCCUCGUCCAAACUCGACAGCCGCCAGGACAGCUGGGAAAUAGUGGAGGGUCUGCGUGGAGGCUUCAGCAAUGUCCUGGAGCCCCAGAAACAGGAGGGCUACAUGUUAAAGAGGAGGAAGUGGCCCAUGAAGGGCUGGCAUAAGAGAUAUUUCUUCCUGGACAAAGGCAUCCUGAAGUAUGGCAAGUGCAGUGCAGAUAUUGAGAAAGGGAAACUGCAUGGCUGCAUUGAUGUGGGUCUCUCAGUCAUGGCCAUUAAGAAGAAAGCCAAGUGCAUCGAUCUUGAUGCUGAGGAAAACAUCUAUCACCUGAAGAUUAAGUCACAUGAGCUGUUUGAUGAAUGGGUUUCCAAGCUGCGUCACCAUCGGCUCUAUCGGCAAAAUGAGAUUGCCAUGUACCCUACUGAGAAGUCCUUCUACUAUCCCCACUACCCCUCCCCCAACUCACCGAGCAUGGCGGAGACUGCCUCUAUCAGAAAGUGCAUGUCUAUACGAAGGCAGUCCACAGUGCAUUCUGCAGGAGCCUUCCCUGUAAGCUGCAACAGCCAGGCCAAAGUAGCUGCCUGGCUCCAGUCGUCUGAUGACAUGGACAAGUGCUCCAAAGACUUGUCAGUCUGUGAAUCCUACCUGCUCGACCUCAACCACCUGCUUCAGAGUAUGGAAGUCCUGCACCGUACCUAUUCUGCUCCAUCUAUCCAAGCACUGCAGGCAGCUACAUUUGACAGCCCCAAGAAGGAAAAGAGACUACCAAAGAAAUGGCGCUGUAAAAACUACAACAAAGAUGUCAAAACAACUCUGCAGGUACCCAGCUGCAUCUCCUCUGGCUCUAUCCGCCUGCACGCUUCUAACCCUAACCUCUCCACCGCUGCACUCGCCAAUGAUAAGGCUGACACUGAAUCCCUGGAUUCCACUUUUGACGUGGCCAAGCUUCAAGAGGACUUCUGCCGUGUUGCCACCAACUUACAUGCAACCAUGAAGACAGCCCUGAGUUCACUAACAUCUGAGAGAGAGAGAUUAAAACAAUGCUUGGACCACGAAACAAUUCCCCCUACAUCACCGCAGGUUGUCGGUUUGAAGAACACGUUGGCAACAGCUUUAGCCCAGAACUCUGAGCUGAGAGAGCGCCUGCGCAAGAUACACGCAGAGUCCCACAUCAUAGAGCCCACACUAAUAAAUCUCACUGCCCCUGUGCAGAAACAGGACUCUGUUGAUGAAUCCCGUCCCCUCGUACACCAAGUGUCCAAUGAGAGCAGAGCUUCAAUCACAGAGUCUUUGUCCGAGUUCUUCGAUGCACAGGAAGUUCUGCUGUCCGCUAGUUCCUCUGAAAAUGAGGUAUCAGAGGAUGACUCUUAUAUUAGUGACAUUAGUGACAACAUUUCCAUGGACAACUUCAGCAACGAGACAGAAACUGAGAGACCAAAUUCAGGCUCUGUCCUUUGUCAGCACAGAUCCUGCCUGCCCUCGCCCAGCCCCAACAACAGCACCAUCAGCUUGUGGAACAUUCUCAGAAACAACAUAGGCAAAGACCUGUCCAAAGUGGCGAUGCCUGUGCAACUUAAUGAGCCGCUCAACACCCUGCAGAGACUGUGUGAGGAGCUGGAGUACAGUGAGCUGCUCGACAAGGCUGCUAACACACAGGAUCCUUUUGAACGUAUGGUAUACGUAGCUACGUUUGUUGUAUCAGGCUAUGCAUCCAGCUACUACAGAACUGGGGGAAAGCCUUUCAACCCUGUCCUGGGGGAGACAUACGAAUGUGACCGGCCAGAUAAAGGCUUGCGAUUUGUUGCAGAGCAGGUCAGUCAUCACCCACCGAUCUCAGCUUGCCACGCAGAGUCUAAAAACUUCAUCUUCUGGCAAGAUGUGAGGUGUAAGAACAAGUUCUGGGGGAAGUCAAUGGAGAUUGUUCCUGUUGGUACCACUCAUGUAACUCUGCCGGGAUUUGGAGACCACUAUGAGUGGAACAAGGUGACGUCCUGCAUCCACAACAUUCUCAGUGGACAACGCUGGAUUGAGCACUAUGGGGAGAUCUCCAUCAGAAACUCCAGCAGUGAUAUUUGUCAGUGCAAGAUCACUUUUGUUAAGGCCAAAUACUGGAAUUCAAGUGUGAAUGAGGUGGAGGGAGCUAUCACAGAUAAUAAAGGGAAGGUCAUCCACAAACUCUUUGGAAAGUGGCAGGAAGCAGUUUUCUGUGGAGACCCACCCUCAGCCACGUGCAUCUGGAGAGCAAAUGCAAUGCCAGUAGACCUUGAGCAGUACUAUGGUUUCACCAAGUUUGCUAUUGAACUGAACGAGCUGGAUCCAUCCCUGAAACUGCUGCUACCACCCACAGACACUAGACUACGUGUGGACCAAAGACUGCUGGAGGAGGGGAACUUGGAGGCUGCAGAGGAGCAGAAGCAGAGGAUUGAACAGCUGCAGAGAGAGAGACGGAGGGUCCUGGAGGACGCAACACAUCAACCUAAAUUCUUCAGGAGGUCAAAGGAUGAUACCUGGGUGAGCAACAACACAUACUGGGAGCUGAGGAAGGACCCUGGCUUCACCCAAAUAGAUUUCCCUACGCUGUGGUGACCCCUGAACUGCAGAACUCACAACAUUUCGACCUGCACAGGCUCUACUGUAAUCCAGGCUGGGUUGUUGUGAUAUCCCAGCCUUACCAUCCACAUUCAGUGCAGUUCAUCAAAGUUAAUGCCUUAAUAGCAAGUGCUUAUGUAAGUUGUGAUAAAAUGUUUAUGCAAACAUAUGAUAUGAAUGUUGAUAGAUUUAGGCCCAUGUUUUCACGUGGAUAUGUUACACUGUAUCACCAAAACUGAGACAAUGAAAACUACUUGGUAUAAUCCUUUUCAUAACUUGUCUACACUAGCUUAAAAUGUAUUGAACAAACGGGUCACUUUAGCUGUCGUCUUAUCAUGGACAUUCUCUACCUCUGAGAUCAUCUAGCCUUGAUAUGCCAUUGAUGAAGUGUACAUAUCCGAUAUUUAUUCUGCACCUGCCCGAUGCCUUACUCGUACUCAUAUUGUUUAAUUUAUUUUUGUUGCAUCUCUGAGAUCUUUUAUUUUAAAUGUAUGUUUUGUAAGGACCAAACUAGAAUUGUUCAAACAAUCUUUAAAUCCUUACUCAGCUUUUCUUUCUGUCUCAUGAAAUUAAUAACUGCUUUUUGCUAUGACUGUGUGAAUGAUUGUGCAACUAUGAGCAGCAGUAGCAACAUUUUUCACUCUAUCAAUUGCACCAUUGUCUACCUGGACCCUGGGCUUUGGGACCAAAAGCUUCCAAAACUAUGCUCCAUGAGCUCAAAUAAAAUCUCUGAUGCUUUAUU